AUGCGCGUCUCGACAGCCGCCGUCGUCCGUCUGCCCCCCUCGACGUCCAGGCGCGUCCGCGCGCGCGCCGAGCUGAAUGAAUCCGACCGCACGCGACGAACGAACCGUUGGAUCGACGACAUCAUCAUAGGUUGGUCUCUGUGUCCGUUCGCGAAACCUCUGAGGAAGACCACGCAGAGCCUCACCGUGCUCGUCACGAACGCGCGAGCGUUGGAGAAGACGUGCGAAAGCGAAGCCUCGCGACUGAUGCGCGCUCCGACGUCGUCACCGCACACGACGCUGCUCGUGCUGGAGGAAGAUGUGUCGUGGGAGGAAUUCAUGGACGGACCGGCGGCUGCGUGCGCGCGCGCGUGCGAGCGAGCGACGGGUGACGAAGUGACCGUCGUGCCGUUUCAUCCGGAAGCGACGUUCGACGGGGAGAGCGCGUGUGGGAAUUUUACGUCGAGAAGUCCGCACGCGACGGUGCAUCUUUUACGGAAGGUUGACAUCGAGCGAGCGGAGAAUGCGUGGUACGUGGACGAGGAGCGAGAGGACAUUCGGUUGAGGAACGUCGAGUACUUGAACGCGCUGGGAGUGGAUGAGCUUCGUCGCGCGUUCGGGGAGAUCGCGCGGGGAUGA